AUGUACAAGCGUUUACAUUUGCUGCUAAGCACAUUGCUGCUGCUCGCUACCGGUGUUGAGCAGACACAGUGCAACGAUUAUAAUGAAACGUUUCUGGAGAAAACUUUCCAUUAUAUUGAAUAUGUACUGAAUGAACCAUUGGUGCGUGCGACCGAGGAGUGUGAAGAUGACACUACUGGUACAGCGUUGGAUGAGUUUCCUGAGUAUUUUACAUUGGAGCAGCUGCGUCAAGGUUGGGUCGUGCUGCACGUCUUCGCCGCUGUUUAUUUCUUCAUCCUGCUCGCCAUCAUUUGCAAUGACUAUUUCCUGCCCACCGUCGAGUGCAUUUGUGAAGAUUUGAAUUUAUCCAAAGAUGUCGCUGCUGCUACGUUCAUGGCCACUGCUACCUCAAUGCCCGAAUUCUUUACGAAUACGAUUAGUACGCUAAUCACAGAUUCAGACAUGGGUUUGGGCACGAUUAUCGGCUCGUUGAUGUUCAAUACAUUGGGCGUGGCUGGUUUGGCGGCAAUGUGUAUAAAUAAGCCCGUACAACUCGAUUGGUGGCCAAUAGCACGCGACUGUGUCAUCUAUAGCUUUAAUACCAUUGUACUCGUUGUACUCGCCUGGGGCGGCUAUGUCAGCUUCGCCGAAUCCUGCAUUAUGAUGGGUUUCCUCUUAUUCUAUUAUAUUCUUACGUUUAAUAACAACAAAUUUAUGCCUGCCAUACGAGUUUUUGUCGAGGAUAAGCUGAAUUGUUGCAUAUCAAAGAGAUAUGAUUUCACCGAGCCACCAGAGAAUAGUGCAAAGGCGCGUCUGCCACUCAAAAAGGAUCCGCUGGGCGGUGAUGGUCUAUUUGUGAUAAAUUUACCUGAUAAUACCUCGACGAUGUCGUCUACUGCGAAUUUGACGCAUUCGAAAAGCUGGAACAGCGACGAAAGCGAUGACGUACCCCCACCGCCACGCAAACUUUUCUCCCUGCCACAUGGAGAGACGACAUUCAGAAAACUUUGGUGGGCCUUCGUAUUUCCCAUCAGAUUUACACUCACCUUUGUCAUACCCGACCCAGCGCUGCAUCGUCGCCUCUACCCGUUCUCCUUUGUUAUGUGCAUCAUUGCAAUUGGUCUGAAUGCUUACUUGAUUGUGUGGAUGUUAACAGCAUUUGGUGUCGCCAUAAGUGUACCUGAAAUUGUUAUGGGUCUCACCUUCCUAGCGGCUGGUUCAACUAUGCCUGAAGCGGUUUCCAGUUUGAUUUCCCUACGAAAUGGUGAAAGCGGCAUUGGUGUCUCCAAUUCGCUGGGCGCCAACUCACUUGCCAUACUCCUUUCGCUGGGCGUGCCAUGGUUCAUUAAGAAUUGCAUGAAUUAUGGCAAAACAGAUGGCAGUGCUAUGAUUAAAAUUGCCGCGCAAGGUAUUGAGUAUAAUAUACUCAUUUUGCUGCUCUGUACAAUUGCGCUUUUCAUCGUUUUGAGCUUUAGCGGCUAUCGCCUAACCAAGCGCGCAGGCAUAGCGUUGUUCUCCAUUUAUGCAAUCUUCAUAGUGCUGCAGAUUUUGAUCGAGAUGAAUGUAUUCUUCCCGAAGCAGUGCUGAGGCCAGGACACAAGGGAAUUACUUGAGAAAGGGAAGAAAAAAAGUGUAGCGAAACAGAAAGCAGAUAUUUUUUUUAAUUUGUACUUUAAAAAAUUUUGAGAAGAAAGCGAGCUAAUUAAGACUGUUUAGUGUUGUAAGUGCGAGAAAAUACCAAAACUUAUUUAAUGACAAAGCGUGAAGCCAAAUUUAGUUGUUCAAUUUUUAAGUUAUGUUAAUUUUUAAGUUGAGAAAAAAAAAUUAAAGAAAAUAAUUGUUAAGUAUAAAAAUAUUAAAUAUUAUGCUAACACGAGCGUGUAAAUAUAAACAACGAUUUUAUUAGUGAAUUACAUUGUUAAUAUCUGUAAGUAUGUACAUAAUUACAUAUUUAUAUUUUUCAAUUCAAAAGUUAGCCAAAAAAUUCGUGGUACUUAUACUAUUUUUACUUGUUUAAUUUGUGCCACAAAUCAAUAGGUAAGGUAAAAAAUUUAAAAAAUUGUUAUCAAGUGCAAUAAAAAGGCUAUUAAAAAUUUUGC